UGUGGAAUAUCUCCAACUUUGGUAUAAGCAAAGAAUUGAACAAGUUUUUACUGGCAUCUAAUGGAUUUUCAAGUACAAGCCAAAAUAUCGGGAUGGACCCUGCGCAUGCAUGUUGCAUUCUGCAGCAGCUUAAAUGUAUGUACGAUGAUGGGCAGCUGACAGACAUUGUGGUGGAGGUAGAUCAUGGAAAAACAUUCUCCUGUCACCGAAAUGUACUCGCUGCAAUUAGUCCUUACUUUAGGUCUAUGUUCACAAGUGGCCUUACAGAGAGUACCCAGAAAGAAGUGCGGAUUGUGGGAGUAGAAGAAGAUGCAAUGCGUCUUGUGUUGGACUAUGCAUAUACAUCUAGGAUUUACUUAACGGAAGUCAAUGUGCAGGCUCUGUUCACUUCUGCUAGCCUCUUCCAGAUCCCAUCCUUGCAGGACCAGUGUGCUCAGUUUAUGAUCAGCCGGUUGGACCCACAAAACUCCAUUGGAGUUUUCAUGUUUGCUGAUGCUUAUGGACACCAGGAAUUGAAGGAGAAAUCACAGGACUAUAUAAGAAAAAAGUUUUUGAGUGUCGCCAAAGAGCAGGAAUUUCUCCAUUUGACUAAAGACCAGCUUAUGAGCAUUCUAAACAGCGAUGACCUAAAUGUGGAGAAGGAAGAAUGUGUUUAUGAAAGCAUAAUUCAUUGGCUCGAGCAUAACCCGGACAAAAGGGAACCACAUCUUGCAGAUAUUUUUGCCAAAUGUAUACGUAUACCUCUCAUGGAGGAGACCUUUUUAGAGAAAAUCCCUUGCACUUUUGCACAGGCUAUGUCUACAAACUCUUUAAAGGAAGAAAGCGAAAAGGCCAACGGCUGUAGACCAAGGCUUGGCAUGACAGCUUCACAGAUGAUCAUCUGCUUUGAGGCGGCCAACAAACACUCAGGAAAGAAACAAACGGUGCCUUGUUUAGAUACUGUCACAGGAGAAGUGUUCAAAUUAUGCAAGCCUCCCAAUGAUUUGAGGGAGGUGGGGAUCCUGGUGUCACCUGAUAAUGACAUUUACAUUGCAGGAGGUUACCGGCCAAGUAACAGUGACGUAUCUAUCGAUCACAAAGCUGAGAGCGAUUUCUGGAUGUAUGAUCACGCGUCAAACAGAUGGUUGCCUCGAGCUCCAUUGCUAAGAGCACGAAUAGGGUGCAAAUUGGUUUUUUGUUGUAAUAAAAUUUAUGCAGUUGGAGGUCGGGUGUAUGAAGGUGAUGGGAGGAAUGCACUAAAAUCAGUGGAAUGCUAUGAUGGCAGGGACAAUUGCUGGACAGCUGUCUGUCCAAUGCCUGUUGCCAUGGAAUUUCACACUGCUGUAGAGUAUCAAGAUAAUAUCUAUGUGUUACAAGGAGAAUUCUUCUUGUGCUACAACCCUCACAAAGACUAUUGGGGCUGUCUGACUCCAAUGAAUGUGCCUAGAUCCCAGGGACUAUCAACUGUCUACAAAGACUCCAUCUACAACAUAGCUGGAACGUGUAAAGCACAUCAACGAAUGCUAACAGUAGAGACGUAUGAUAUCCAACAAAAUUCUUGGCUGCGGAAAAACGAACUUCCACUGGAUCAGUCCACAAAUCCCUACAUUAAACUGUGUUUGCUCCAUAACAAAUUGCACCUUUUUGUGCGAGCAACACAAGUAGUAGUAGAGGAGCAUGUUUUCCGUACAAGCCGUAAGAACUCUCUAUACCAAUAUGACGAAGACUCUGAUCAGUGGAAGAAAGUGUAUGAGUCGCCAGACAAACUAUGGGAUCUUGGCCGCCAUUUUGAAUGUGUUGUUGCCAAACUAUAUCCACAGUGUCUUCAGAAAGUGUUUUGAUGUUUUGCUUUGGCAAUUUGCAUGAAUUAACUGUGAGAUGAGCAACCAGUAUUUUGUGCAAACAAAAUUGCUCUUUUAAAAGCACUAUAAAGAAACAGGAUGGGUGCUUUUGAAAGUGUUUGAACUGGGUCCGAAGUUUAGUUUUAUAAUCACAAUUUUACUAACCCUUUUUAUUGGUGCUGGGGAAUAUAAGUGCAAUUAUCUACAUGGAUUAUAGCUUACGUUUUGAUUUUUAUGUGGCUCAUUCAAUGCCAUUUCUUGUUGGGAAUUCUAGUGUAGCUGUUGCCCAUUGCCUGGCAAAUCUUAAAACUAUGCAGACAAACAGGAAAAACUUGCAGCUUAGCAGUAAGAAGUUGCUUCGCCCAAUGAGCCAGUUUAGAAAAACUAAAGCCUUUAAUGAGACAUACGGGUAUAAAUUUAAGUAACAUGCUGUUCAUUUUGAAGUGCUUAUUUGGGAAAUGUUUUUGCUUUUACACCUGUAGCUACCUGGCUCAAAUGUGAAGGUAUCUGGUGCUAGCCUUGAUCUGUGGUGGCUGGAUUUUAAUUAAUCAAUGAUUUAGCAGGCAAGUCUUGACAAGUUUAAAUGUUAAAUUGGGGAUCAAGCCUUAGAAUUUGUACACUGCAUAAAAAGGCAAAGUUAGGUAAACCUGUUAUUUCACUUUGCUCCUUUAUCAUUCAAAACCAACCUAGUGAAACCACUAUUACUUUCAAUUUUAACUGCACAUCUGCAAGCCCGAGAGUGCAAUUAACAAGUUUCAAAACCAUUUAGUAAUGCAUAGGAGAGAAUUGUCUUCAGUAAAUAUUGUGGUCAGGUCUUAGGCAUUCAGUAAAACUAGCAUUUUACUAAUGGACCCCACCCCCACCAUAACCUUUGUGUUCCACUACAUAAUGUCUCAGAAAAAGUUAACUUGAAUAGGUUGAAAUUGCUAUGACGCUGAGCUUUGCAGUGUAACUGGGAAUGAAAUGGAUCUCCUGUGCAAAAAUGUUUUUUUUUUUACUUGAAUGUCUUUGUAUAACCACUAUUAUAUAAAUUGAAAACCAUGAACUAUUACCUUCCUGCUAAAUAGAAGUGAAGUGGUUCACAUUCCUGGAUUUAUAUACCAAAAGUCCCUAAUUAGUUGCACUGCUCGCUGUAUUCAGGUGGACAUCCAGUGCACAUGAAUUGUAAACUGAGUGAACCAGGUAUAACUAAGGCAACUCCACUAAUAUGUCUUCAAUAUUGCUGUAUAUAGUCGAGAUACAUAUUGUGUCUUGAUGCAAUUGAGCAGUGCUUUGGAAACAGCUAAAUGCCAUGCUAUUUGAAGUAAGUGGAGACAGAUCAAGGGACUUGUUGAUCAACUAAGUUGGUUAACAAAAUAAGUUUUUUUAAUUAAUCAAUUUCCCUUUCUUGGCUUCUUAACUCCCAGUGUCAUGUGAUUUCUGUAUAUGGCUUGACACCAACACUUUCUUUUUUAAAAACAAUACCAUCCCAAUGCCUGAAUAGGAAAAGACCACUUUAUAUAGCAAAAGACCAUGCAAGCCAGACUGAUUCAGGUUUGAAUCUUGUUAUGCUUCACUUAACUGGGACAUUGAUUAUCCUGCUGUACAGCUAGCAUCAACGAUGAUAUGCUGGGGAGGGGAAGAUCAACCAGAUUUUGAAGUACUUAUCUCUAUCCAGAUUUCCCUACUGGAAGGUACAUGGCUGGACAUUGAAAGAGGAUAGCGUUAUGCCUGUUGUGCCCUCAUUCCUCCCCCGACAAGUCAGUAUGUCCCCGUCGACAUUCACUUGAAUUGAUAUUGUUGAGAGAAGACUAACCUGCUACUGAGCAUAACUCAUGAACAAAACUGCUUUCAAUGUACUGAGAAAAGCUACCUAGUUUAGAUCCAGCCCACACCAAAACCGUUGUAUUACGGUUUGAUUACAUUCAAUCGUAAAAACAAGACAUUUUAAAGCACCAAUAUUUCUAAACUAUUCCUCAAAAUCUCAAACUAUUAUAAAAAUACUAGACCUUUUCUUAACAAUUUAAAAGCUGCGCAACACCACUAGGCAAACUUCAGAAGCGCAAGGAGGUUUUGAAAUAACAAAUACAGGUAUCCGACAUCAAAUUAUUUGCAUGCACUAGAUGGCACUAAAAUGUCUUAUUAGUAAAAUCUUGAAUUUACAUUGCAAUUGCAAGCUGUAAAAAUACAAUUACAAUUCUGUUAAAAAUUUCAGUAUGUCUAUAGCUGGAUAAAAAUUAACAAUUGCCCCAUAGUCUCAACUAUAUUACCCAUUGGACAGGACUUUGACCUUAGCUAAAACAUGGUCUAUCUUCAUUUUAUAACUCUAGAAGUGACUUACACUGAUUUGAGUUGUCAGACGUCUUCAAUCACUAUUGAGUAUCAUACACAACUUGCCACUUAACCUUUUCAUAUAGAGAAUGUUAUACCUUGACAAAGUGUGUAAGAUGGAACAUUUCUUCGUUAUAACUUUUAUUGUGAUGUACUUCUGAGAGCUUUUACUGUACCAUGUAAGAAAUCCUAAAUGUAUUUAUCUGAAAGUAUUUCAGGGGGGCAAAUCUGCAAGUUUUGAAAUAACAGUAACAAACAAUCUAUUCAACAAUUCUUUCCUUCUGAUUGUAGAAAUUGCAGAAUAUUGAGCACUGAUUUGUCUUAAAUCUGAAGAAACACCAUGUGCAGGGUUUAAAUACAAUCUUAAAUUCCUUUAUUCAUAAAUAUUAACCUGAUUGAUGCAAGUUAUCCAAUUGCCAAAUUUACUUAGGUAUCUACAGUACUGAAAGGACUAGGUAAGUCACAAAAUCAAUGUAGCUGUUCCAAAAGUUGAUCAAGCUGAAUAAAUUCUUAACGUUUAUAUGUACCACAGUUCUGUCCCCAUUUAAUCCUUCUCUUGACAUGAUCCUUCAAAUUGAUGCAAUGUUUUCACCAUCCUUAUGGAGGUGUAGUAGAUAUUACUGAAUCUUUCAAGGAUGAUUUUUUUGCAAUGUGUAAACAGCUCAGAAUUUAGGAUGACUUGGUGGGUGUCGCUUCACCUUUUUCCAGAAGUUGGAUACUGAAAUGGUGGUGGAUAAUUUAUGAGAUAUCUCAAGUGUCUUUUUCACACAUUAAAAAGCUAUUCUCCCUAAAGACUGGGUGCCACAAUGUGUUAAUGUACUAUCUUUCAUCUCUGUCAUCUGGAUCUCCAUCCAGCUCAAGUUAUUGGGAUGAAGGAUUACUCUGUCUUGGCAGUUGUAAGUGAUGAGGGGGACAUGUUUUUCCCUGGCUUCUCAGUUUUAUGUGAACUAAGUUUGAAAAGUCUCCCAAUUUCUAUUGGAUAAAUCCCAUAAACGGAAUUGAACUCAGAUCUAAAUUGACAUCAUGACUCGGGCCAUAAGCACAGACGAUUUGGGAAGGGAAACGUUCACAUUGCCUCAUUGGUGGGGUUGCUCUGCUGACCACUGAGUUAAAUCAGUUUGACCAUCGAGAGGAAGUAGUUUAGUUUUUGUGGCAGUGCCUCAUCACAUCUGAAUGCUUCAUAGUAACCCUGGGUACUGAGUGGGAAAGUAACUCUGGGUUGAAAUAACUGAAAAUGAAGGCAUCCAGUGUUGAGUGUAACAAAUUAUUAUACUGGUAAGAGAGCCACUAGGCAAUAGAAUGAAUUCAGCCUUUUGUUAUACAUUUGUUUGUUGCUGCUGCAAACUGUAACACAGAACCUCAAUUGUCAUUCACAAGCAUAGUCUUACUUUACGUAUGUUGUACGAGUUUAAGAGGAUGAUCUAAUUCAAUACAUCAGCUACCCUGAAUUUAUUGCCGUAGAUAUUGUGUAUAUUUUUUCAGUCUGCUAACUAAGCAAGUUUUGUUUUAAUAUUUCAAGAUAUAUCUAGUACAUUUCAAGGCUUUUUUUCAGGUAUUGACUUUUUAUUAUGAAACAUAGAAUUAUUAACACCUUUUUUGAGUGGGAUGGGGUUGUGCUGUCCAUGGACUGACUUAGUGGGAAGGGGAAAUCGAUGAAAUAAAUAAUUCCCUAAACGUUCUACAGAAAAUAAUGUGGCAGCUAGGUUUAGUAAUUAAAUGACCUAAUGCUGCUGUUAGAGUUUUGUUCAGAAAAGUGGGUGCCUUGAAUAUUGUUAGCAUAUUGUGCAUUACAUAGGGUUACAAGCAAUAAUGAAGGUCCAGAUAAAUGGGUAGAGUAAUAAUUUACACAUAGCAAUGUUUACAGGUUUAUCAUAGCAUUUAAUAGAUAUAUCUUUUGAGUAUAACUCUUUGGUUAGUUAUAAUUGCAGAAAAUGGACAGUGCAACCCUCAGAUUCCCGGAUUAUAUUUCAAACUAUGAUUUUUAUGGUUCAGGAAGAUUCAUAUAGUUUUCAUCAUGGAGUAUUGAGCCAAAUCUGUUGUACAGUAGUUAAAAAAUACAGCUUUGCGACAGCAAACUUUUUUCAGCAUCCUUCCAGAUAUAGUAGUGCAUUAAAUAAUUGGAGAAGACUAUACCAUGGAAGAGUAUAAUGUUUAAUUUCCACAUUUGUUUUUUGUUGAACAAUGUUGCUGCUGGUUAGGACAAUCCCAUGUAUUUAUAGUAGAUAUGGUUCAUGAUAGAAUGGAAUUGAAAUUAGCUUGAAAAGUUAAUUUUAAAGACUAGCAUGCAUUGGUUUGGCAAUUGAGUUUUCGAAUUGCUCCAUGUGAUCGUCAACCCAUCUAACUUGUAUAAAGUCUAUCUUCUGAUUUUCAUGCGAUGGUUGUGUAUUUCUGUGGACAAAUUUGUAGAAUUAUAGAUGUAUUUGCACUGUAAAGUUGCUAAAUAUUGUUUUUGUUUUUCUUUGCUUCAGCUCUCAAAGCUACUCAUUCCACUGUGCAGAAAUUUAGCUGUAGUUAUCAGAUUUGAUGUGACUUGAAAUGUAUGUUCAGGUUUAUAUAUAUAUUAUAUAUAUAUCACUUGAAAAAUUUUACAUGUUGAGAAAAAGAUGUAAAAUGACAUCUAGCUGUACUUGCACAUGUUUGAGUUGUUGUAUGCUUCAGAUUGAUGUUUGGAUGGGAUAAGCUGGUUUACUUGAUACAUGACAUCUUUGGAGUUCUGUGUGACUUUGUGGUAUUGCAAUGAAACUAUAUUCUUGAAAUAAAUGAACUUAGAGAUGGA